AAGAUAUUUAUUUCUACACUACUUAUCCGGUUAUAUAUAAAGCGUGGAAGAUAGUUAAGUUGGGCAAUUUUUCGUUUCUACAUCUCCUGUCGGUUAGACUCCGUUUGCUGCUCUCGCUACAAGAAUGAGUGGCGGGUGUUUUUCCAAUUUCAUUUCUCAUUUCACUCUCCCCAAGGCUCUCAGCGAGAAGAUAGAUCUAAUGUCUCUCAGGCGUUGCAGCUCACCUCCUCCACCCCACCGGAUCUGGAUGGAACUCCCCGCCCCUAUCGCUGCCUCAGUUCCACCGAUCAUCUCUUGCUACAGUCAGACGGUCUCAGCUUACCCGGAAUCGACAUCAGACUCCGUUCAUCGGAAAACACCGCGCUACUCAUCCGGAACCGCUUUUGCUCAUCCGAAACAACCACCGCUCGCCGCCCAUCCGAAAUACGGGAACAUUCCAACGGGACGGAGGGAGUAUAUCUUUUACAUGGUUUUAUCUGAAGAGUGAAGAAUGCUCUGUUUUUCUGCAUUAUCUAUAUGACUGCAUAGUUCUUAGAUACUCCCUCCUUUCCAUUGUGUGUGUGUCUUGUUUUGGUUUGACACAAUUAUUUAUAAAGCCGUUGAAAAGUAAAAGUCGUGGUUGAGGUUUGAGUAUAAUAAAGUAAAAUGAUAUGAGCCACAUACUUGGCAAAAAAUAGAAAACGUGAUUUAUUUUGGGACAGUCCAAAAGGGAACGUAAGACCCAUAAAAGAUGGAGGUAAUAUCUAUUCUAACAUGAAUAAUAGCUUUCAAUGGCAUUAGUGUAUUACUGGUGCUUGGGCAUAGUCAUUGUUAUCUUGUUAUUCUUUCAGUACAACAAAUUAUUGUUUUUGUUGGUUGAUUGGUUUUACACAUUUAUUCUUGUUUUUUGCAGUUUCAGUACUGGCAAGGAACUAGACAAGCUUGGGAUGAGAGGAAGUGAUAUGUAUGUGUGUUUUGCCUCAACGAAUGCAAAUAGAACUACAUUUGCAGCUUCAUGGAUUAGUGAGGAGAUUUUGAGAUCUUGGCCACUCCUUCGCUUCCUCUGCAUACAAUGUUGAUUUGGAAGACAAAGAGGAGGAUGAAAGGAUCUAGAAGUGUACAGCUUAUGCUCUUUUAGAGUAUAGUGAGAUGAAGGGAGGGAAAUUCCAGCAGCAGCAACCUCAACUUUUGAGGAUAGUGAAGGCUGUUCAGAACCCAGCAGAGCACCGUGCCCAUCGCAUAGCAUUUGAGGUUAUGGGUAACAUACCUCGUCAGACCGGUACCUACUUUGCUAAUGUGACUUUUGUUGCUCAAGAGGAAAGCGAUCUAAUAGGGGUACUGGACAUACGGACAAAAGGUCUAGAAAUCAUAAGUUGAUAUAUUUACAUUUAUCUUGUGCGUUUUUACUUAAAACUAGCAUAGUGGUUUCCCUUUUAAGUAUCAGCUGUUGAACACAGCUUUAUAAUCUAAAACUUUAUUUGUUGAGAGAACUCAUUUGAAGAUGCCCAGUCCCCCCAAAUGCAGAUGAAUUUGACCUGAGGUCAACUACCACUUCUUUUCUCUUUUCUAAUGGAAGGUGCUUGAUGAUAUUUUGUUAUGCUCUUAAUUUUCCGUAUAUCCAAACUUUUACAGUACUACACUUACAUCACAUAUCAACUGCCACCAUCAUUCCUGGCCUUCAAUUAUAUGUUAACUUAGGUAAUUCGUUCACUUGAAUGAUUAACUUCAAUUUAUUUUGUUUUUAGUUUUUUCC